AGGAUUAAAGUCAGGAGGGACAGAGGCAGCGCUCCGGUAAUCUCCGCGGUGAGACAUGGGGGAAGCGGACACGUUAGGAACCGACGGUACCGAGUGACACCUCCUGAGGGAAAUCCCCGCCCCCCCUCCUCCUCCUCAUAAAACAAAGCUCCCUGUUUUUCCACAGCGUGAUGGGUCUUUUAGAAACUCCGCGGGAAAGCGACGCGCCCCCGGACAGGUGAAGGCUGCAGUCUCACCUGCAAAGCCACGUCGGAGGACAGCGGAGCUCCUCAGCGCUGAGUGUUUCGGAUGCUUCGGUUCACCAUGACGGAGCGCCGGGCGCAGUAGUUAGCCGCCAUCCACCACCAAGCUGCCAGACAGGACCGCGACCACCAUCAUGACCCUAUAGAAUCCAGACCAUCUCCGAACAGCAGAGGAGAAGAGAGGCCUUUAUUAGUUGAUUUCAGUCCGCAGAUGGACCGAGUGCCCUUGGCACUGGCCGCUAAAAUGCGCUGGAUUACGCUGGUGCUUGCGAGCUUGACUUUCUGGGGGAAACUUACUAUUUCUCACUGUUUCGACUACGAGGAGCCCGAAUUUGAUUAUUAUGAAGAGGAGAAAGCGGAGAGCAUUGACUACAAAGACCCGUGCAAAGCUGCUGUAUUUUGGGGCGACAUUGCCUUAGAUGAAGAGGACCUGCAGAUGUUCCAGAUCGACAGAACAAUAGACCUCAAACAACACACACACAUGCUUUCACACUCCCGACAGGGACACACUUCAGGAGGCCUUGGGGAACAUGAAUCUGUGAAGAGAGGAUCGUUAUACCUUCUAUUGGAGAGAAUACGGAGAUUUGGCUUUGACAACAUCCCAAAGAAUGAAAGCAAGGGAGCCGUCAGCUCAAAAAGCCAAACCUGGAAAGGCGGGAAUCCUAUCGAGGCUGCAAAGAGUCGUAUUCCUCGAGCGGCCACAUCCCGAGCUGAAAGAAUUUGGCCCGGGGGAGUCAUCCCCUACGUCAUCGGAGGAAACUUCACUGGUAGUCAGAGGGCCAUGUUCAAGCAGGCAAUGCGUCACUGGGAGAAACAGACGUGUGUAACGUUCAUUGAAAAGACAGACGAGGAAAGCUACAUCGUCUUCACCUACAGACCCUGCGGGUGUUGUUCGUAUGUGGGCCGACGCGGCAACGGACCCCAGGCCAUCUCCAUAGGGAAGAACUGCGACAAGUUCGGCAUCGUGGUGCACGAGCUGGGCCACGUCAUUGGCUUCUGGCAUGAGCACACACGGCCCGACCGUGACGAUCAUGUGACCAUAAUCCGGGAUAACAUCCAGCCGGGUCAGGAAUACAACUUCCUGAAGAUGGAGGCAGGGGAGGUGAACUCUCUCGGAGAACCUUAUGAUUUUGACAGCAUCAUGCACUACGCCAGGAACACCUUCUCACGUGGGAUGUUCCUCGACACGAUCCUUCCAUCCAGAGAUGAAAACGGGGUGCGGCCGGCUAUCGGCCAGCGAACCAGGCUCAGCAAAGGAGACAUUGCACAGGCAAGGAAGCUGUAUAGAUGUCCAGCUUGCGGAGAAACCCUCCAGGAGUCAACCGGUAACUUCUCAUCACCUGGUUACCCCAACGGAUACCCCUCGUACACCCACUGUGUGUGGAGAAUAUCUGUUACUCCUGGAGAAAAGAUCGUUCUUAACUUCACCACAAUGGAUCUGUAUAAAAGCAGCCUGUGCUGGUACGAUUACAUCGAGGUCCGUGACGGAUACUGGAGGAAAGCUCCGCUGCUCGGCAGGUUUUGUGGAGACAAAAUCCCUGAUGUUUUGAUUUCAGCUGACAGCAGGAUGUGGAUUGAGUUUCGCAGUAGCAGCAACUGGGUGGGCAAAGGCUUCGCUGCUGUUUAUGAAGCGAUCUGUGGAGGGGAAAUCACCAAGGACUCCGGGCAAAUUCAGUCUCCCAACUAUCCCGACGACUACAGGCCGUCCAAAGAGUGUGUGUGGAGGAUCACGGUGUCUGAGGGAUACAAUGUUGGACUUAGCUUCCAGGCCUUCGAGAUCGAGAGGCACGACAGCUGCGCCUACGACUACCUGGAGGUCCGGGACGGUCCGCUUGACACAAGCCCACUGAUUGGUCGAUUCUGUGGCUACGACAAACCUGAAGAUGUUCGGUCCACCUCCCACACCCUAUGGAUGAAGUUUGUCUCUGAUGGGACAGUGAACAAGGCUGGCUUCGCUGCCAACUUUUUCAAAGAGGAAGAUGAGUGUGCCAAGCCAGACAAUGGUGGAUGUGAGCAGAGGUGUGUAAACACUCUCGGGAGCUUCAAGUGCGCCUGUGACCCCGGCUACGAACUGGCUCCUGACAAGAAGAGCUGCGAAGCUGCCUGCGGUGGUCUUCUGUCCAAGCUGAACGGAACCAUCAGCACUCCUGGUUGGCCUAAAGAAUAUCCGCCCAACAAGAACUGUGUGUGGCAGGUGGUGGCUCCGACUCAGUACCGCAUCUCCAUGCAGUUUGAGGCUUUUGAGCUGGAGGGCAACGAGGUUUGUAAAUACGAUUAUGUUGAGGUGCGGAGCGGCCUCUCGUCCGACUCUAAGCUGCACGGGAAAUACUGCGGCACAGAAGUCCCCGAGGUCAUCACCUCUCAAUACAACAACAUGAGGAUUGAGUUCAAGUCGGACAACACCGUUUCCAAGAAAGGCUUCAAAGCUCACUUCUUUUCAGACAAAGAUGAAUGCAGCAAGGACAACGGCGGCUGCCAGCACGAGUGCAUCAACACGGUGGGCUCGUACGUUUGUCAGUGUCGACACGGCUUUGUGCUGCAUGAGAACAAACAUGACUGUAAAGAAGCUGAGUGCGAGCAUAAGAUCCACAGCCCCAGCGGGACCCUGAGCAGCCCUAACUGGCCUGACAAGUAUCCCAGCCGUAAGGAGUGCACCUGGGACAUCACUGCCACGCCGGGACACAGAGUCAAGAUAGCCUUUAGUGAGUUUGAGAUUGAGCAGCAUCAGGAAUGUGCUUAUGACCAUCUGGAGGCCUUUGACGGGGACAGUGAUGCAGCGGCCAUCUUGGGCCGCCUGUGUGGCAGCAAGAUCCCGGAGCCUCUGAUCUCCACUGGGAACAAGAUGUACCUGCGCUUCAUUUCAGACGCAUCGGUGCAACGCAAAGGGUUCCAAGCUACGCAUUCCACAGAGUGUGGAGGUCGUCUGAAAGCAGAAGCGCGUCACAAAAACCUUUACUCCCACUCCCAGUUUGGAGACAACAAUUACCCAGGUCACACUGACUGCGAGUGGCUGCUGACCACCGAACAGGGCUACGGCAUCGAGCUCAGCUUCAUAACCUUUGAAGUGGAGGAGGAAGCAGACUGUGGCUAUGACUACAUCGAGCUGUAUAACGGAUAUGAUGCCAAUUCACACCGGUUAGGCCGCUUCUGUGGUUCCGGGCCCAGAGAGGAGAUUUAUUCCCCCGGAGAUGCAAUGCUGAUCCGGUUCCACAGCGACGACACCAUCAGCAAGAAGGGCUUCCACAUCCGAUACACAAGCAGCAAGUUCCAGGAGAACCUUCACGCCAGGAAAUGACUCUGCUCUCAGCCUGUGACCUCCGCAGCAUGGCAAUAAGAAAAGUACAGGUUCUUCCGUCAUCUCUGACCCACGGACAAAUGAGGACGUCGACCAGCCGCCACGCGGGGGACAGCUGUUGGUGCAAAAAAAUGUGUUUACAAAAGAGUCACCGAGCUCUGAGACAAAGCAGAAGCGAAAACGAGACUUUGAGGAUCAAGUUUAAGUCUGAAGACAAAACGGGUUGCAGGAGAUCCAAAUUAGUGUGAAGUGUUACUCACGGACGCACAAACACAACGAAACCACUCGCAGGACAUCCUUGACUCACAUCUUCAACUGUAAGCUGGGUUUGAAGGAGACUAACGAACAGAUUCAAAGCAGGAGUUUUGUGCUGCUCCUAGAUCUGUGCAAUUUACUGUCACCAGACAGCUGCUUACAUCCACAGUAACUCAGACUGCUGACAGAUGUUUUAUUUGCCUUGGAUGGCUGGGAACUGGCUACUUCAGCCCAGCUCAGAGCGGCUGCAGAUUAUUUUAUUUCUGUGCAUUGUUAAGCCCAAUGUGUUUACUGUGUGUCUGCGUGCGCGAGUUCGCUGAGUAAAGAACAAGAAAAAAGGCCGAAGUUUGUCCUUUUACCCUUGGCUGCUUAAAGCCCGUGGAGGCCAUCGUGGAAUGGAACGGUGAACAAAGAAAUGGAGAUUUUAUAAUCUGUAAUACUGAUGUUAAGCCUUGCUUUAUGUUGUGCUUCUAAGUUUGCAUUGCCCUCUACUAACAAACAUGUUUUAUUGACGGUUCCGUAUCCCCUAAGUUUAAAGUGGAUAUCCAAAGGGAAUAGAUCUCAUGGCUGUCAAAGGAGAGACCCUCAUGGUGCUAAAAUAAAACCAAGAGUUUUCAAGUGGAGAUACAAUUGCUCGCAAAGGCAUUCAUAUCCUUUGAACUUUUUCUCCUUUUGCAGAGUUACAACCACAAACUGAGUAGUGUUAGGAUUUUAUGUGACGUGCCAACACAGCGUGUUGCAUAAUUGUGAAGCAGCAGGAAUAGAAUACACGGACUCUGAGGAGUGUCUGUAAAAGCCCCCUUUGAGACAAUACUUUGUAGAACGAGCUUUCAGUGAUUUUACACCUUCAAGCCUUUCACACCCCUAGAGGCUGACAUUUUUGUCUGUUCAUCUUGGUAAUAUAGCUCAAGCUCCCUCAGGUACAGAUUUCUCACAGGAUUGUGCCCUGGAGUUUGACUAGGCCAUUGUAACUCCUGAACAUGCUUCGAUCUACAGUUUAGAUCAACCUGCUACAGCGUCUUCAACCUGCGCCUCCUGAGCCGCAUGUGGCUCUCAAGAGCCUUCAUAGUGUUACUUUAAGUUACUUUGGCCAAAAACAAAAAAUUAACUAAGAAAUAUUUGAAAAUGUAGUGAGAAUAAAAAAUGCGUGCUUUAACUAUUUUCAGGCAAUAUAUGCAUAACAUUUCCAGAAAGAAUGACACUAAUAAAGGAAGGAAUAUUAUCUUUAUGAAUAAUUAUUCUCAUCUUUUGGUUGCAAACUACAUACUUUUUGACAUUUUCUAUAAAAUUUUAAUGUUACGUUGGAGAUAAUGUAUUCAUUCCUUUUUAUGUAAAAGUUUCCUUUCAUUUAGAGCCUAAAAACAAACAUGAAAUAGUUUUUCUUUACUUCAAAAUCAUAACAAAUUUCUUAUAGUCGAUACUGUAGCAAAAGAAACAAAAUAAUAAUAAUUUCCUGAAGCUUUUUGUGGUGCUUAAAACAUAUUUGUUCAGCUGGAUCAUGGGCUAAAAAGGCUCUCUGAGUUGGAAAGGUUGCUGACCCCUGAUCCGAACCAUUCUCUUGUACCUCUAGUUGCAACGGGAACCUCCGCCCAGUCGCAAGUCUUUCACAACCUCUGGAAGGUUUCCUUUCAGGAUUGGUGUGUAUUUAGCUCCAUCCCUCUUCCCUUCAAUUCCGAUAAGCUUCCCUGUCCCUGCUGAAAAAAAGCUUCCCCAUCUGUGCAAAGUAUAUCAUCUACACAGAGAAAGAGCUUGAUGUUUUUGGCAGCCAUAGUCAAAGGCCCCUCUCCAGAAAAGUGACACAACUAAAGGAAUAAGCAUCGAGCCAGGUGAAACUUCGAUUGAGUGGAGGAAAAACAGGGAGAGGACAUAUAUUUAAUGGUUAAUUGCAAGUAAUAAAAAAUGGAGAGUAGUAGGAAAGAGCAGCAGAGUGAGGAAAAGUGGUCAGUAUGGCUUCCAGCAGCCGAAGCCUAAAACUUCAGAGCCUUCACAGAACAGCUGUAUUCACAACGAGGUUAAACUACACACGUGUGGUUUCUGAAGGCAUUUGGUUUCCCUGGAUUUUACUGAGGGGUAGUGAGUGAAGGGGGCUGAACUACACUACAUUUUUUAUUAGCGAAUAAAUGUCAAAAACCAUGUCUAAUUUUUCUUCCACCUCACAAGGGGAAGAAAAAUUAACAGUAGUUUGAGUUGGUUUGUCAUGUAAAUCUUACUAAAAUACACUCAAGUUUGUGGUUCUAAAGUUGCAAAAUGUGAAAAAAAUGUAGGCUAGGAAUACUUUUGCAAGGCACUGUCCGGCCAAUGUGCAAACAGCCUGCUGGUUGCAACAUCAGUUUCUCCAGAUCUGUGGAACCACAAAAAAAAUGCCUUACAACCAAACUUUUGGUUCCACGGGUAUCUCUUAUGCUCUUGCACAGCUGUCUACAAGUGUUUUGGCUGCAUAUAGAGUGGUUUUAUUGUAAAAAGAAAACACCGGAAGUGUGAUUUGUAUGUGAGGUGUAGAGUGUCUACGGUGCAUGCGUGUUUGUGUCGGUGAUGCUCACGUGCUAACAGAACCUCCUUAUGUCUUUGCGCAUUGCAACGGAUUCUGUCUGAAUGCUUCCUCACGGUAUAUCUGGAGCAUGAAGAGGAAGAUGGAACAUCAGCUGCAUCGUUUCCGUGUUGAACUCUUAACGUGUAAGUGUGUGUUGUAGCUGAUUUAUAAGGAAACCAUAUGCGUGUUUUGGUCUGUAAGUUGUAUGUGCUUAAAUUGAAUAUGUCAUUGUAUGUGCCAAGCUCCAAGUGAUCCACUCUGAUCCAAACCAGUCGUUGUUUUCUCACUCCACGUCCGUGUCAAUAGUCCAGAGACAUGGACGCUACGUCCGCUGCAUCACUCAUUAAAGUACACACAGGUUCAAA